AUGUCGACGUGCGUGCCCAAGGGAUCGAGAUCGGCGAAGGGAGCGGCGGCGGCGGAGGUGGAGCCCCGCGACGUCGACCUGCAGCCGGAGGUGAAGUGGCACGACGGCGCCGCGGGCUACGUCGCCCGCCUCGACCUCGCCGGGUUCAGGAAGGAGGAGUUCCGCGUGCAGGUGGACGGCGCGGGGCGCGUCACGGUGCGCGGGCAGCGGCCCGCGGGGCACGUCCGCCUCCACCGCGAGUUCCAGCUGCCGCCGGCGGCCGAUGUGGACCGGAUCGCCGCCCGCUUCGACGGCGCCACGCUGUGCCUCACCGUGCCGAAGCGCCCCGCGGGCGGCGCGGCGGAGGUGGUGAUGGCGACGAUGGAGGACGCGAGGGUAGAGGCGGAGAUGCAGAUGGAGAUGGAGAAGGAGCGGGCCAGGCAUUCAUGGAGUAAUCAUGUGGAGAUGAAAUGA